AUGGCCGCUUCUUACCGAAGCACCGACUUGUUUCCUUCCACUACUAAUAAGCCUCGUUCACUUCAGGCCUUAAACAUGCUUGAGAGGGAUAUGGUUGAGAAGUUAACAAAUGACCAGAGUGUUCUCAAAGAUCAUGACACGACUAGCGUUCGCCUUUUUAUGGGGAUUCGUUUUCUGAGAGUUCUUGCGGUUUUAACGCAGAGUCAUUCCAUAUUGGAGGGAAAACAUUGCCACAUGCUCAUGAAAAAUCUUUACCAAUUGUUCAUUUCUUCUUCACCAUGUUUGUCUUGUGACCUAGGCUAUGAAAAUGCUGCUGACACUCCAAGAUCGUACCUUUCGCAUAAUGAUAUUCUAAGCUUUGAACAAGUUUCUCCUGACAUGUACAAUGAAAGGUUUUAUCAUGGUAGUUUACCAUUGGAUUUUCAGAGGUCGUUUAAUUCUACCAUAAGUCAAUCAUCACAACAACAUUAUGGUGACCCCUACGCUGAUGAUUUCUUUCCUUUUGACUCAUCAAAUCAGCAGUAUCUAUCCCCUGAAAAUAUUCAUGUUUCUCCAGAGUUUCACAUGUUUCAGGCGAACUCUAGGCAUUUUGAUAGAUAUGCGAAUGAACGAAACAAUAGUGAGACUGAUUAUAUGAUGCGCUCUAUGGGAAACUAUGGCCUAAAAAAUAAUAUAUUGGGAGAACCUAGGGGUCAAAACCUCAACCGCUUCAGUGGAGAUAAAAUGUUUCUUCCAAUGGCAUCUACCAGAACAAGUAUGAAGCACCUUGGUUCAUCCGAGUUAUCUGCAAAUGAUUUCGAUAUGGGCUCACCACAUGAUGCUCUUGAAUCUGCUGCAAGCUUAAGUUACCGAGAGCAAGCUUAUAAUCUAUGCAAAAGAGGCUCUUUCUCUGCUUCUUCUUCGUGUCCAAAUUGGAAGAAUGAUUAUAACUUGCCACCAUUUGAUGAAGCCAUAAAUGGAAGCUACAGCGACCUCUGCCACUAUCCUGCCAUGCUUGAUAUGUAUACGGAGAGAAACAGAGGGCCUAGAUCAUCCAGGCUAAACGGUAAAAGUAAAAUGAUCACUCAUGAUUGCAUUGAUCGAUUUUGUCAACAAGAUCUGCUAUCCCAGUUUAGGGACGCAAAGUUCUUUGUUAUUAAGUCAUAUAGCGAGGAUAAUGUUUACAAGAGCAUAAAAUAUUGUGUUUGGGCAAGCACCAAAAAUGGAAACAAAAAGUUGGAUGCUGCCUCUCGUGAAGCAAAGAAGAAAGAAGUGGCAUGUCCAGUCUUUCUUUUGUUUUCGACUGCUUGUUUAUUAAUUCAUGAAACUGCAUUGCCUGGCCUUUGUCUUUGUAGAUUGACUGUCACUACAGCGAUCCAUCUCAAGGUCAAUGCCAGUGCCCAGUUUUGUGGAGUGGCUGAGAUGGUUGGACCGGUUGACUUCAACACAAGUGUAGAGUACUGGCAACAAGAUAGAUGGUCAGGACACUUCCCAGUCAAAUGGCUUAUUGUCAAAGAUGUUCCCAACAGUCUGUUUCGUCACAUUAUACUUGAAAACAAUGACACUAAGCCUGUCACUAACAGUAGAGACACCCAAGAGGUAAACUUCUCAUUGUCUUCAUGGGCUGUGAGAUGCGUUCUCCUCGAUGACUUUAGCUUCUACGAAGAGCGACAGAGAGCGAUUCAAGACAGGGAAGCCAGACAACAUGUUGUUCUUGAAAUUCUCAGCGCCUCAGCGACCUCUGUCCCAACACAUCCCACAAGUUCUCUCCAUGACGACUUUGUCAAAGCCAUUCUAGGAAAGGUCGAGAUGAAUGAGACAGCCAUCAAAGCCACGGCUAGAGCCACAACUGCGCGUCCGUCCUUCGCCGAAGCUGAUCCUGCCUUCUCAUCGGACGUCGCUGGAGUUGCCGGAGAUUUCCCUGCUGGCGCCCCGACCGUUGGUGAAGUGGCAUUGCUUGUGAAUACGGCUGCGUCUGGUGAGCUCGGCGAUAUCCCAAGAAGCUCUGUUCACAUUUUAACGUAG